UCCGCGCGUCGUUACUAGGCACUUUUGUGUUGCUGUUGCGAGGCACUCUGGUUACAGGGAUAAGGAGGUGUCUGUUGCGAUAGUUUUGUUUUCUAGGGUGAGGUGGUGGGGUUGGUUUAACGAUGCAGGAGCAAUGAAUAAGAAAGGAGCUGGAAGUGAUAACGAGGAGAAGACAAAACGUUAAAGGAAAGAAGAAGGUAAAGGAAAGGAGGUGGGAGCGCCUGAGUACGGAAGCGGAGGUCAGUGCCAACAUGGCAGGGAGCAGCCAGGUGAGCCACGUUGGUCUGGUAGAAGAGAAGACAGAGAGCCUCGGAUCUCGCAGAAAUGCGGAAGGAAACAAGAAGUUGAAAUACAUCAGCUUAGCAUUUUUGGUGUUUCAGAAUGCUUUCCUCAUUCUUAGUAUUCGAUAUGUACGCACAUUACCUGGAGAUAAAUUCUUUGCUACUUCUGCAGUUGUCAUGGCUGAGAUACUGAAAUUACUCACCUGCUUGGUACUCAUCAUGAUACAGAAAAGAGGCAAUGUGAAGGAAUUUUCCCUGCUGCUUUAUGACUCCAUUAUCUGCCAGUACCUGGACACUCUUAAACUUGCUGUACCUUCUUUAAUUUACACGUUUCAGAACAAUCUGCAAUAUGUAGCUAUAUCUAACUUGCCAGCUGCCAUAUUUCAGGUGACAUACCAAUUGAAAAUCCUCACUACAGCUAUAUUCUCCGUCCUAAUGUUACGGAAGAGCCUGUCUCGCCUUCAGUGGGUGUCUCUGCUGCUCCUGUUUACAGGUGUAGCCAUUGUGCAGGUACAACAGGAAGGAGGUCAAAAGGAGGCAUCCAUCUCCAGUGAAAGUCAGAACUACAAAGUGGGCCUAGCAGCAGUUAUUAUGUCAUGUGUGUCUUCUGGCUUUGCUGGUGUUUACUUUGAAAGAAUACUUAAAGGAAGUUCUGCCUCAGUCUGGAUGAGGAACAUCCAGCUUGGAAUAUUUGGCACUCUUCUUGGACUGAUAAUCCUGUGGUGGAAUGAUGGGGUGGCAGUUACUGAGAAAGGGUUCUUCUUUGGUUAUACCCCUUGGGUGUGGUGUGUCAUCUUAAACCAAGCUUUUGGAGGCCUUUUAGUUGCUGUGGUUGUCAAAUAUGCCGAUAACAUCCUGAAGGGCUUUGCUACAUCCUUUUCUAUUAUUGUAUCAACAGUUGCUUCAGUUUACGCAUUUGGAUUUCAUGUGGACCUGCUGUUUACUUUAGGAGCUGGCUUAGUGAUUGGAGCUGUCUACAUGUAUAGUUUGCCCAAAGCCUCUGGAUCUUCGUCGUCAUCAUCUUCAUCUAAUCCUUCAGGCAGCGUAAGGAACCAGACAUCAGAUAAAGACCCAGAAACAGAUCCUUUCCUUCCCAAAAAUCCAACCAAGGAAAAAGGAUGCUAGAACUUGGCCAGGAGGUUAGAGGCAACAUCUGUCAAUGGAAAAUGCCUUCAUUAAGUGAUCAUUGUCAAAGAUAUUUCAGGAAUAUACAUUUGGAUUCUGUCAUAUGUGGUUCUACUUCAGAAUAUGUGGUCUCAUAUAUGGUCAAGCAUUUCUGAAUGUCUUUUUUAUUUUAGCUGACAAAACGGCAUCCAGAGGUUACGUAUUAUAUGAAGUUUCUAAAGUUGUAAGUGAAUGCAAGGUACUUUUAAUAUUCUACAAAAGUGUCAUUUUUAUAAUGAAAUGUCUUCCAUGAACAGAGAAGCUUUAUCUUUUUUAUGGUCUCUUGUUAAUAAAUUUAGCUACCUUAGAAUUUGUACUUUUAACUUUUUUUUUUUUUUUACUGACAGUAAUGCUUUAUGGACUGUAGAGCUUGGCAGUUUUAGAGGUUGUUUCACUAAGGAAGUUGUGCAAAGUUAUAGAAAAUAAGUAAAAUGUAAUUCUUAUUUCAAUGCCAAAUGUUGGAGAGCUUUAGUUGGCCCUUGCAUCAUAAUAAAAUUAUGUUAAAAUAGUGACCUGUGACCUCCCAGAUUAGGAAAAAAAAUAUUUAGAAGAGAUGAAGGUUUUCCUGAGGCGUAGAGUCCGUGAAAAUUGAAAAUGAUUAGUAGAUUGUGAUCCAUUUGUUUGGAGUGGCCACAGAUUUAAAAAGAUAGAAAAACACCCAGGCCAAUUGCAAAUCACUUGGAAGUAACAAAGUUUAUUUUGUAAUUCUGGUGCUACAGCAACUCAUUUCAAAUUAACUAACAGUUUGCAACAGUGAGGUCAAGCUAAACGUUAGCAGCCCCCACAUUGUCCCCCAGUUAAUAUUGCAUCUCUCUUGGAAAGACCAAAGUUCUCCAAUGUAUAAGGUGUGCAUCGAAUUUGGGAUGCUGAGGUGGUUUGUCCGUGGGAUGGGUGUGGCAGCACGUGGUAUCAGCAGCACUGUGAAGAAAUUUUGGAGUGAAAUAGGGACUAUGAUCAGAAUUCUAUUCAAACAAAACUUUCUGCCAUGCAUUACAUUGCUUGUAUAGACUGCUUUAAAGAUCUGUCUUUAAUAUACUAAAGUGUAUGUAUCAUCUGACAACAUGAUUGAUCAAAGUAAAUUUGAAAGUUACUGUUCCAUUCAUGUCCUGUACAAUGCAUAUUGGAGUAAAGAUGAAUUUUUAAAUUCUUAUACUUCCGUUAAUAUGAGGGUGCUAUUUAUUUUCUGUUACAGGCAUUAAUUGCUAACGCAUUUUUUCUCCAGUAAAGUAGAGUUGCAAUACAGGCAAUAUACAGCAUCUGGAUAAAAGUCCCAAGUACUCUGACAACAAGUAGAACUCUUAUUACCUUUACUGUACGCCUGAGUAUAAGGCAUAGUUUCAUGUGCAUGUAACAGUUUGCCUAAAAAUAUGUAUUCAAAUGUUUAACAAAACUGUGCAACACCUCUUACAAGGGUGAUUUACUACCUUAGCAGCUAGAUAUUAUUUCUUGUUAUGGAGGCUUUUUAUACUGUAUGUUAGAUAUUUUUAUAUUGCUUUAUUUAUCAUGUGUAUGAUACAACUUCAAUAUUACCUCAAAAUUUAAUGUUUAAAAAUUUCAUUAACUGUCUAGUGCCAUGUGAAUUGAGUCUUCAUUUUUGCGGAUGUUGUCUCUUUUUAAUGUAUUUGUCUAACUAAAAGUAGCCUUCUGCUCUUUGAACUUUGGAUCUAUUAAAUUGCAAUGAGUAAGGUUAAUAAAUUAAAUCAGCAUUGUUUUAUGAAAAUAAGAGUUGG